AUGCAAAUCAUGCGCCAUCAAACUAGUCUUCUUCUACUUCUGGGAUUAUUUGGUGUUUUCCUUUUGCCGGCAGUCUUGGCUGGAAAAAUCAAGUUGUUAGCUUUUAAAGGACCACAUGCCGGAUUUGUUGGACUUAAAGUGCGCACACCAAAAUUAUUAGGACUAAAACAUGGACUUUUGGGCGGAGGAGCGUCUUUGGGUGGCGGGUUUGGAGGCGGCAUAGGAGGCGGAGUUGGUUUUGGAGGCGGCUAUGGAGGAGGUGUCUAUGGAGGCGGUAGCAGUGGCUAUGAGCAUCACGAGUAUCAUCAUGAGAGUCAUCAUGAGAGUCAUUAUGAAGGUGGCAACUAUGGAGGCGGCAGCUAUGGAGGUGGACUUUGGGGAAAAUAG